UCCACCGGAAGACACAUAACUAUAAUCUGAUGCAAGAUUGAGUACGAAGCGUGCAAAAUCAAUUUACUCAAAUAUCUUUUGGUUUGGAUUAUUGAAAACAUUCGUGCAUUUAUUUUAAUAAAAAAUUAAAUAUUCGAAUUAAGAAUAUUAGCUAAACAAUGGCUGAUGGUGAUCUCUUACCCUUUGAUCCUAGUAUGAAGAAGAAAAAAAAGAAGAAAACUGGGUUUGACCUUGAUGCUGCUAUGGGAGAAGAAAAGGACAGCAGCUCAGCGUCAGAUGGACAUCCUACCCCUGCUCCAGCUCCUGCAGAAAAAGAGGUGGCUCCAGAACCACAGCAAACUCAAGAAAAAAUUCCUGAUGAUUUCUCAAUGGAUUUUACCAGCAUGAAGAAGAAGAAGAAAAAGAAGAAGGCAUUUGAACUUGAUGAAGUGGGUGAGGCUUUACCAGAAACCACAGAACCAGAAACUAAAGAAGUGACAUCAGGUGAGAUCAUUGAUGAUCUAGAUUUUUCAAAAAAGAAGAAGAAAAAGAAGAAGCCCCAGAACAUAGAUGGUGGUGGUGAAGAUGGUCAAGAAGAUGAUGAACAGAUUGGAGAGGAUAGUGGUUCUCACAUAGCUUGGAUUGGCUCCGACAGAGACUACACAUACGAUGAGCUAUUGAGUCGAGUUUUUGACAUAAUGAGAGAAAAAAAUCCAGACAUGAUUGCUGGUGAGAAGAAAAAAUUUGUGAUGAGACCUCCUCAGGUGUUGAGGGUCGGCACUAGGAAAACAUCUUUUGCUAACUUUGCAGAUAUUUGUAGAUUGUUACACAGACAACCAAAGCACGUUUUGGCUUUCUUGUUAGCUGAGUUAGGUACAAGUGGUUCUGUUGAUGGUAACAACCAACUCAUCAUCAGAGGCAAAUACACACAAAAACAAAUAGAAAAUGUCCUAAGGAGAUAUAUUAAGGAGUAUGUGACUUGUCAUACUUGUAGAUCCCGAGACACACUCCUACAGAAAGACACUCGUCUCUUCUUCCUCCAGUGUGAAACCUGUGGCAGCCGAUGUUCUGUGGCCAGCAUUAAGACAGGUUUCCAGGCAGUUACUGGCAAAAGAGCUGCCAUUCGAGCCAAGACGGCUUAACUUAUAGGCAUAGUUUCUUAUCAUUUUUUUUUUAUUUAAAAGUAUGAAUUUGUUGUGUUUGUGUAUAGGGUAUGGCAGAAUCCAGGCUAGAGAUGGGUGAAAGAUCUGAUAAGAAAGCUGGUGAAGCCAAUGGAUAGACACCCGAGUGCAAUUUUGCUCAUGGUUAGGUUGACCACUUCGUCUAUUUUUUGCUGAAUGGGUUCCAUGUCUGCUUCUUGGAACUGGUUGAUAGUGUUUUACUGCCAUUUCUUUACUUUCAAAUUCAUCUUUUGUUUUUAAAAAGUGUCACUGGAGGGUUUUGACAUCACUGACAACAUUAUGAAAGUUAUUUUCUUUGGCAAAUGUUUAAUAUUGAAGUAAAGAAAAUUAUAAAUAAUUCUGGCUAGGGCUUUAACAUAAUAUUACAUAUAAAGAUUUACUUUUUAUAAUUAUUAGUAUAAGCACACAAUUCAGGUCAAUUUUUUUUUUAUGCGCUGGAUAUAUUUAUAUGAAGGUAUUUAUUUAUUUGCCACUUUCAUAAGAUUAAUACUUAUUAAUAAUUAUCUCAUCUGAAACAAAAACCAAUCAAAAUAUGUGUAUUACAAAUAUAAGUCUGUAUUGGCCACAUUCGGUAAUGUUCAGCUAGUCUUUUCAUACAGCUGUUGUUAUAUUUCUUUAUUUCUUGUUUACAUUGUACAUUUUUAGUUAGCAUUUAUUCAACCAGUUUUCACAUUUCCUUUUUUUUUUAAAUUAUACGGUAUAUAAAAAAGAAAUUAAUCCUGUUUUAUUUUUUUAAUAAAACAAAUCUGGUGUUUUGGGGUUUUAUAAAGUAUUUGUGUCAUUUGAACCCUUGAGUUUUAAGACGCUUAUUUCCUGAAUUAGCACUACUAGCUAAAUUGGUAUGGAUUUGUUUGUUUGUUUAUUAGUGUGGUUGCUGCAGUUGUUGUCAUUUCUCUAGUUUGAAAAAAAAUAAAUUCAUGAAGCUAAAUAUAGUCAGAACUCUGGCCAACUGGUGCAGGAACUAGUUUUUGAUGUGUGGAUCCAGUGAUAAAAGUGGCAUGUGUGUUAAGGUUCCUCCCUGUUUUCUUAUUUCCUAGGAAAGCAAGUAUUCAGCAUCCAGAGUUCAUAUGUUGGCCAUUGCCUCAGUCUCUUGCAGCUAAUCAUCUCUAAACAAAUGGAACUGUUGUAUUUUCUACUAGAUAGUUGUUGAAAUUUGUAUGGGUGUGUGCUGAUGCUUGUAUAUCAACUCUUUUGUGUCAGAGACAGAGAUGUGAAUGCUUGCUGAACACAUUGGCUAUAUGUAACAUAAUAAAUCUUUAAACAUGUCAUUAAAACAAUCUGUUUAAAUUUGA